AGCGGAAGACUUUGUUGGAGAAAUAUAAUAUGCCCUUGAGCCAUCUGGAUUUUAGUUAUGUGGAAACGUGUAAAAAUGCACGGGAAAUGGAGAAAAUUGUGCAAAUCCUACGAUCUGGGGAGGAGGGCUAUUUCCCGGACCUGCAGCGUUGUUCCGAGGAAAAACUGAAGGAGCUGAAGCCCAACAGUAAAUUGUUCCGCUACGAGGAGCCGAUACAAAACAGCGAUAUCCUUGAUAAACAGGAACUUAAACCCAUUCUGGAUUGGACACAUGACAUCAAGUCGAAGGACAAUGCCUUAAACGAACUAAAGAAUGACGUGGAAUGCUUGGGUUUGGAUUUGGCACCUAUGCGGAAACCGGCCAAAAUAGACGCGGAUUUGUCCAGCACUAAGCAAUCAAAGCCAGUAAAAGCUCCUCCAGAGCCCCCAAAGACUACGGAAAAGCGAAUCCGUUCAACAGACUACAACAAAUGGGACAAGUACGAUCCCGACGAGGAAAUACUGCGCAUGGAACUGGCGGAGGAGCGCACUAAAGAGCAGGAAGAGCAAAAAAAUCGACCAGACCCCACUCCGAUCUCUGAAGAAGUGUUGAAAAGUGAAAGGAAUGAACUACAGGAGCGCCUCCAGGAACAGCUUAAGAAACUAAGCCAGGUGGAACGAGAGCAAUUCGCUGAAAAACGUCGUUUACGUGGCAACGAAUACUUCAAGUCGAAGGAGUAUGAAAGUGCCAUAGAAGAAUACAAUUGUGCCAUUAUCUACGAUCCCGAGAAUGCAGCUCGGGCCUACAACAAUCGCGCGGUGUCACAUAUGAAAGUGAAGAACUAUCUAGCCGCUAUAUCGGACUGCAAGGCAUGUCUGGAAAUGGAGCCAGACAAUCUGAAGGCUCGUCUUCGCCUGGCCGAUGCCAGCUAUGCCCAAGGAUGUCGCCGCGAGUCCCUCCAUCUUUACCAGCGCGUUCUAGACCUGCAGCCGGAUAAUGCUGCUGCCUUAAAAGCCCUGGAACUGCUAAAUAAUCAGCUCGGAGAACUUGCUCCGAGUCAUGCCACCCGUUUGAUGAUUGAGGAGUUAAAGCCAGAUGCACCGGCCAAACCUAAGGAUAAUUCCAAAAAAAUUACUGAUCCAGUGGCGAAGACAGUUCCAGUGGCGAAGCCACCUCCUCUCAAGGAAUAUGAUCUGGCCGAGCUGGUGAAACCGAAUCGUGUGGUCAAAAGCAAACUGAUUACUGCAGCCGAAGCGUUGGGCAAUAAAUUCAACGCUCCCACUGCAUCCGCACCCAAGACACAGACACAGCCACUCAUAAGCGAAGCACCCUCCACGUUGACAGCAAUGCUACGUAUGCCCCAGACCAACACCAAAAGGAACAACAAGCUGCUGAUAGAGGAGAUAUAAUUGACACAUUUAUUUAGA